AUGGAUGAUUAUGAUGAUUUUUCUGACAACUCUAUUGAAAUUACAAUAAAUGAGUAUCAAGGGAAGGAAUCUCAUAAGGUGGAGAAGAGUGUUAUCAGGUACUUGAAAAACUUGGGCCUUAGAAUGAAUACUAACCCCAUGAUAAAACAAAUACAAUAUGAAAGGUCGAACAAUUAAAUAAUUGAUGUUCUAACUUCAAAAGCCCUGUCUUCUUGUGGUAAUUUUUUGAAGGAAACAGAAACAGAUUAUAAGACCUUAUUCUAAAAAAACCCAUUCUUGCGAAGAAUCAGAAAGCCCAUUAGUCUUUGA